UACAGUAACGUUUCCUAUACAGUCGGUGCGAUAUUUUCUUUUCAUAUUUCAAUGAAAUUACAAUAAAAACGUCCGGUUUAUUAAUUAUGACUUUAUUUACCAAUUAACCCGUUGUACUAACGGAAAUGUGAUGGUGAUUAAGCAUAAGAUAUUGUAGUAAAAUAACCUAUCGUUCGCUUCAUUCCAUGUACACAUUUUCGGUAUGGUUGUAAUAUCGUCUUCUGUCACAAUACCGCGCCUAUUUACCUAAAAUUUAGUUUUGGGUUGUUCUUGGUAAUAUUUAAAAAAUUCACGCAAUCGCAAAUUUCCUUUUUUCCCAUUAAAUUACAUUCUAACAAAAAAAUGUCUACUGAAAGCGUAAAAACGUUUGCUAGCCUCGAAACUCCUGGGUAUGUGGGAUUUGCAAAUUUACCUAAUCAAGUACAUAGAAAAUCUGUAAAAAAAGGAUUUGAAUUUACACUGAUGGUUGUUGGAGAAUCUGGACUGGGAAAAUCUACAUUAGUAAAUAGUUUAUUUCUUACUGAUUUAUAUCCAGAACGUGUUAUUCCUGACGCUACUGAAAAAACUAAUCAAACUGUAAAGCUUGAUGCUUCAACUGUGGAGAUCGAAGAAAGAGGUGUCAAACUUAGGUUGACUGUUGUUGAUACCCCUGGUUAUGGAGAUGCAAUUGAUAAUACGGAUAGUUUUAGGGCUAUUAUACAAUAUAUAGAUGACCAGUUUGAAAGAUUUUUACGAGAUGAAAGUGGCUUGAAUAGAAGAAAUAUAGUAGAUAACAGAAUACACUGUUGCUUUUAUUUUAUUUCUCCAUUUGGACAUGGAUUAAAACCUUUGGAUAUAGAGUUUAUGAAACAAUUACACAAUAAAGUUAAUAUUGUGCCAGUAAUUGCAAAGGCUGAUGUACUUACAAAAAAAGAAGUACUGCGGUUAAAAAAACGAGUUAUGGAAGAAAUUGAGGGUAGCGGCAUUAAAAUUUACCCUUUGCCAGAUUGCGAUAGCGAUGAAGAUGAAGAUUAUAAAGAACAAGUUAGACAGUUAAAAGAAGCUGUUCCAUUUGCAGUAUGUGGAGCGAACACAUUGUUAGAAGUAAAAGGACGAAAAGUGCGUGGUCGAUUGUACCCAUGGGGCGUGGUAGAAGUUGAAAAUCCUGAUCAUUGUGAUUUUAUAAAGUUAAGGACAAUGUUAAUCACGCACAUGCAGGAUUUACAGGAAGUAACACAAGAGGUACAUUACGAAAAUUAUCGCAGUGAAAGACUAGCAAAAGGAGCUCCUGUACCACCUCGCAGACAAACCAUAGUGGAAUCUGAGAAAGCUAAUUCUGUAUCAGAAAAGGAUCGUAUUUUGCAAGAAAAAGAAGCAGAAUUACGACGUAUGCAAGAACUUCUAGCAGUGAUGCAGGCACAAAUGCAACAGCAACAACCCUAAUUACAUAUGAUUUAUGCACAAAUGCGUGAAGAGACGAAUUCUUCGCCAUUGUAGGUGCCAAAAAGUUAUAUUAACUGAUUAAUGUGGUAUUCAAGAUAUAAUUUUUAAAAACUUAUUUUUGACAAACGUAUUUAUAAAAGAUACGUUCUUCUAUUUAGUAUUUUUUUUAAAUACUAAGUCAUAAAUAAUAUUGUUCAUAUUCCAGUGUCUUAAAAAAGUAAAAAAAUAAGACCAUAAAUGAAAAG